CAUGUACCACAGCUACGAAAAAAGCAGUUGGCAAAAAGAAAAACAAAUCACAACAGUCUGUGCAACAGCGAAAGUGUUGCGUUGUUUUCAAACCAACCGGACACAAGAAGCGUCCACCGAGCGCGGACAACAAUCCGUGGCUUACGAGCUACGCCCGGACGUGUUUUGCACUGGUUUCGUGAGCAAUGCUGAAGUUGCUACUCUCCCCGCACCGACAAUGUUGCUGGCAGGGACUGACACGGACUUCUCCAUACACCACGGAGGGAAGGAAUGUGCUGCUCCGCAAGACGGUUCAAUCAUUCGGACUGGGGAGGAAUGGAUUCCUGCAACCGAUCCGGAACACCGUUCAGCGAACGGUGGUCCGACCCUCGCACACGGUUACGAAAACCGGUUCACAGGGAUCGCGGCUGAUAAGGGUGCUGCUGGGUGGAACGGUCGUAAGCAUCACGCUGGGCUAUCAGUACCGGAAGUCGUUCGUGCACUGUGAGGCGUCCGUAAACCGGCUGGCCGGCCAGCGGCAACUAGUGGACGACGGGGCGGUGCGAUUCGAUUGGUGGAAGUUUUGGCAUUACCUGAGGCGGCAUUUGGGCAAGCUGAUUGGUGCCGUUAUGGCUGCCCUUGCCGUGGCAUAUUUCAACAUUCAAAUACCGAAUCUGCUCGGAGUGAUCGUUAACAAGCUGGCCCGAUAUGCAGGCAGCAGCCUUAAAGACAUCAAUACGGCAAGCUUCUUUCGGGACAUGCGGGGCCCUGCGCUGCAGCUGUUCGGCAUGUAUCUGGCCCAGUCCGGCUUUACCUUCCUGUACAUUCUGCUGCUCAGCCAGAUCGGCGAGCAGAUGGCGGCCAGCAUCAGGCAGGACCUGUUCAAGCAGAUCAUCAUCCAAGAUCUGGAGUUUUUCGACCACAACCGUACCGGCGAGCUGGUCAACCGGCUGACCGCGGACGUGCAAGAUUUCAAGUCCAGCUUCAAGCAGUGCAUCUCGCAGGGUUUGCGCAGCUUCGCCCAGCUCGUCGGUGGUGGCAUUUCACUGUUCUGGAUCUCGCCCCAGCUGGCCAGCAUUGCGCUCGUGUCGGUCCCGGUAGCGGUGGCCAUGUUUUCCCUGCUCGGCCGCUCGCUGCGCCACCUAAGCAAAAAAGCCCAGGCCCAAUCGGAGCGAGCCACAUCGGUGAGUGAGGAGGCACUGUCCAACAUUCGCACCGUGCGGGCCAGUGCCAGCGAGUACAGCGAGAUCGAGCUGUUCCGGGUGGAGACGGACAAAUCGGCCGUCCUGUCGCAGCAGCUCGGUGCCGGCAUUGCCGUCUUUCAAGCACUGAGCAAUCUGUGCCUUAACGGGAUGGUGCUGACGACGCUCCUGCUCGGCGGCCACUUCAUGUCGGCGAACUCCAUCAGCGCGGGCGACCUGAUGGCAUUCCUGGUGGCGGCCCAGGGCGUUCAGCGAUCGCUCGCCCAGGGCUCCAUCCUGCUCGGCUCGGUCAUCCGCGGCAUGACGGCGGGGGCGCGUGUGUUCGAGUUCCUGAGCCUGGAGCCGCGGGUCGACCUUAAGCAUGGCCUGAUCAUCCCGGACAGCAAUCUGCGGGGCGAGAUACGCUUCGAGGGGGUUCAGUUUGUGUAUCCCACUCGGCCCAAUCAGCGCGUGCUGAAGGACUUCAAUCUCGUGCUUCGACCGGGCCAAACGGUGGCACUGGUGGGCGCGAGCGGGAGCGGCAAGUCGACCGUGGCGGCGCUGCUGGAACGAUUCUACGAACCGACGGCCGGCCGCAUCACGAUCGAUGGGUACGAGCUGGGUCAUUUGGCGCCGAGCUGGCUGCGGGGGGAACUGAUCGGCUUCAUCGAGCAGCAGCCGGUCCUGUUUGGGACCACCAUCUACGAAAAUAUUCGCUACGGCCGGCCGAAUGCGACGCGGGAGGAGGUGAUGGAGGCGGCCAAAAUGUCACAAUCGCACGAGUUCGUCAGCCGGCUGCCCGAUGGGUACGAGACGAUGGUGGGCGAACGGGGCAUACAGCUUAGCGGGGGCCAGCGGCAGCGGAUCGCGAUUGCACGGGCACUGCUGAAGCAGCCGACGAUACUCAUCCUGGACGAAGCCACCAGUGCGCUCGAUGCGGCCAGCGAAGCGGUGGUCCAGCGUGCGCUCGAUGCGGCCGUACUCGACCGGACCACGCUCGUUAUUGCGCACCGCCUGUCGACGAUUCGAAAUGCGGACGUGAUAGUGGUGCUGGAUCAGGGACAGAUCGUGGAGGUGGGCACGCAUGACAGCUUGCUGAAGGCGCAGGGAUACUAUUACGAGCUGGUGAAGCAGCAGGAGCGCCAACAGCGGCAGGAGCACGAUGCACGAUCGUACGGUUAGAGGGAGGGCGGUGUGUUGCGCUUGGUUAAGGGUUUAGUUGUUACGGAAUGGUUGGGGCCGGGAGUUUAGCAAAAUCAAAAGACAAUUAUUGCUUAAUAAAGCAACAUCAUGCACACUAGGGGCUAUUUAUUACACGAAACAAAUGCUAACAUUGGGUUUGGCUCGAAUAAACGACGAGAUAAAGGAA